GAAAGUAAUUAUUUAUAUAGUUAAUAACAUAUUCGAAGGUUACAAAAUGUUUAAACAAUUUAUACCGUUGCAAAAAUCAAUUCGAACAUUUUCGAAACUUAUUAAUAAUGAUGUUCAAUUAGAAUAUCGGAAAAUUUUAGAAAAUGAAGUUGCAAUAAUUGGUAUUAAUCGGCCAAAACAAAAAAAUGCAAUGAGUAAAAGUUUUGUAGAGGCUAUGAAUAAUAUUAUUGAUCAAUUAAAAUAUAAUAAAGAUGUACGUGUUGCAAUUGUUCGAAGUUUGGUACCGGGUAUUUUUUGUGCAGGCGCUGAUUUAAAAGAAAGAGCAACUAUGACUGAUAAGGAAGUUCAAUCUUUUGUUUGUCAAUUACGAGAAAUGAAUCAAGAUAUUGAAAGUUUACCAAUGCCUGUUAUUGCUGCGGUAGAUGGACCUGCGUUGGGUGGUGGUAUGGAAUUAGCUUUAGCUUGUGACUUACGAAUUGUCGCAGAUACUGCUAAAUUAGGCUUGGUUGAAACAAAAUUAGCAAUAAUACCUGGUUCUGGCGGAACUCAACGGUUACCACGACUUAUUAAUCCUGGGCUAGCUAAAGAACUUAUAUUUACCGGGCGUACUUUAAGUGGAAUUGAAGCAGAAAAAUAUGGAAUUGUAAACCACCUGGUGAAACAAAACAGUACGUUAGAUGCUGCAUUCAAUAAGGCUUUAAAUAUUGCUGAAGAAAUCGCACCAAACGGACCAAUAGGCGUACAAAUGGCAAAAAAAGCAAUUGAUAAAGGUCUGCAAGUUGAUUUAAGUACUGGUUUAGCAAUUGAAGAAGCUUGUUAUGCUCAAGUUAUACCUACCAAAGAUAGAACUGAAGGACUUCAGGCGUUUAAAGAAAAACGAAAACCUAAUUAUAAAGGAGAGUAACAUUUUUAAUUUUUUUGUAUUAUAAAAUAUGAAUAAA